GCAUAAUCUUCAGCCUUAACUCGUUUCCGAAACCUCAAUUUUCCUCGCUGGGCAGAGGCAUCAUGAGCUGUCAGAUCUCGUGCAAAUCUCGAAGAGGAGGAGGAGGAGGAGGUGGAGGAUUCCGGGGCUUUAGCAGCGGUUCAGCUGUGGUCUCUGGUGGGAGCCGGAGAUCGGCCUCUAGCUUCUCCUGCUUGAGCCGCCAUGGUGGUGGCGGAGGGGGCUAUGGCGGCGGCUUUGGCAGUCGGAGUCUUGUUGGCCUUGGAGGCACCAAGAGCAUCUCCAUUAGUGUGGCUGGAGGAGGUGGAAGCUUUGGCUCCGGUGGUGGAUUUGGUGGCAGAGGAGGUGGCUUUGGAGGCGGCGUUGGCUUCGGUGGAGGCGGCUUCGGAGGCGGCAGUGGCUUCGGUGGAGGCGGCUUCGGUGGAGGCAGUGGCUUCGGUGGAGGCGGCUUUGGCGGAGGCAGUGGCUUCGGUGGAGGCGGCUUUGGCGGAGGACGCUUUGGAGGUGGUGGUGGCUUUGGAGGUUUUGGGGGUCCUGGCGGUGUUGGGCCUGGAGGAUUCCCUGGUGGAGGCAUCCACGAAGUCUCCAUCAACCAGAGCCUUCUGCAGCCUCUCAACGUGAAAAUCGACCCAGAGAUCCAGAAUGUCAAGUCUCAGGAGCGGGAACAGAUCAAAACGCUCAACAACAAAUUUGCUUCUUUCAUUGACAAGGUGCGGUUCCUGGAGCAGCAGAACCAGGUGCUGCAGACCAAGUGGGAGCUGCUGCAGCAGCUGGAUGUGGGCACCCGCACCACCAACCUGGAGCCCAUCUUUCAAGCGUACAUAGCCAAGCUGAAGAAAUAUGUGGAUACGCUCUCUGCAGAACGAACAUCCCAAGAUUCAGAGCUGAACAACAUGCAGGAUCUUGUUGAGGAUUUUAGGAAGAAGUAUGAGGAUGAAAUCAACAAGCGCACAGCUGCUGAGAAUGAUUUUGUGACCCUCAAAAAGGAUGUGGACAAUACCUACAUGACCAAGGUGGAGCUGCAGGCCAAGACGGACGUGCUGACCCAGGAGAUAGAGUUCAUUAAAUUCCUUUUUGAUGCGGAGCUGUCCCAGAUGCAGCAGACUAUCACCGACACCAAUGUCAUUCUGUCCAUGGACAACAAUCGCAGCCUGGACCUAGACAGCAUCAUCUCUGAGGUCCGGAGCCAGUAUGAGGAGAUUGCCCAGAAGAGCAAGGCCGAGGCCGAGGCCCUGUACCACAGCAAGUAUGAAGAACUCCAGGUGACCGCAGGGAAACACGGAGACAGCCUGAAGGAGGUCAAGAUGGAGAUCAGCGAGCUGAACCGCAUGAUCCAGAGGCUGCAAGGGGAGAUCGCCCACGUGAAGAAGCAGUGUAAGAGUGUACAAGAAGCCAUCGCAGAUGCUGAGCAGAAGGGAGAGCACGCCCUCAAAGACGCUCAGAGCAAGCUCUCUGACCUGGAGGAUGCCCUGCAGCAGGCCCGGGAUGACCUGGCCCGACUGCUGCGCGACUACCAGGAGCUCAUGAACAUCAAGCUGGCCUUGGACGUGGAGAUCGCCACCUACCGCAAGCUGCUGGAGGGCGAGGAGUGCAGGAUGUCUGGAGACCUCAGUAGCAACGUCACUGUGUCUGUGACCAGCAGCAGCGUGUCUUCGAGUGUGACCUCCAAGACUGGCUUUGGAGGCUAUGGUUCUGGAGGUAGAGGAUCCGGUUCUGGAGGAGGUGGAGGCUACAGCUCUGGAAGUUCAAGUUACAGCUCUGGAGGCAGAGGCUCAAGCUCCAGAGGUGGCGGUGGAGUGGGCUAUGGCUCUGGUGGGGGCUCCAGAGGAGGCUCUGGCUCUGGAGGAGGAUACGGCUCUGGAGGAGGAUACAGCUCUGGAGGCAGCUUCAGAGGAGGCUCUGGCUCUGGAGGUGGCAGUGGAGGAAAAUACAGCUCUGGAGGAGGAUAUGGCUCUGGAGGCAGCUCCAGAGGAGGUGCCGGCUCUGGGGGAGGCUCUGGCUCUGGAGGGGGAUAUGGCUCUGGAGGUGGCUCUAGAGGGGGUUCCAGCUCUGAAAAGGGGGGCUCUGGCUCAGGUGAAGGUUAUGGUUCCAGCGUGACCUUCUCUUUUAGAUAAGGGUGGAGUUCCCCUCUUGACUAUUCUGCUUUAGAAUGUAGAAGCCUGUCUCUGUACAUCCAAUUGACAGCAAGUCAAACCUCGUCAUCCACCUCUGAGGGCAUUCUGGAAGAAAGGGAUGCCCACAUACCAUGUUUGAAAUAUCUUCUCUCCACACCAAUUAGUCGGAGCCAGUGACACUGUCUGAACCCUAGGGAAGGCUCUGCACUGCCUGGGCUUGGACUUCCUGCCGUGGCCCCUUUCCUGGCCCUUCCUUGCAUUGCCCACUUGGUGGUCCUUCUCCUGAUGACUACUCUGUGGAGGGCCCCAUCUCAAAGCCUGUAUUUGUCUCGUGACCCUGCCCCCAGAGAAACAUGUUUCUGUAUAUAUAGCCCACCUUGCUGGCUCUGCAUCUGAAGUUCUGUGGUCUUGGUGUCUGCAUAAUAAACCUCAUUUGCAAUGGAUAACA